AUGGAUGAGAAUUGGUAUAUUGCAAAGGACAAAUAUGGGUAAGCAGUGAAAUUGGUUACUCUAAUCAUUGCAAGAGAAGCGUAAAGUUCAGACUUCUUGUUCUGCGCGCUUUUUACGAAUUUUACAAAACUAAUAUAUUUGAAUUAAUAUUUGUAAUAAAUGGACCGUGUAAGUGUUCUAACUAAACAACCUGUUCCCAGGCACAAAUUCAAAUUUUCUGUUCUAAAAAUAAAUUAGUAUAUGCACAUCGUGAUCACGAAACAAAAAUGAACAUGUUUUGAGAUUGGCCUGCUUAACAAAGUAAUCAGUGCUUGGGACUCGAUCGUUUAUUUGACUUUUCUCUUUAGUUUCAUUGUGCUCCAUUGUUUUAAUCGACCAAUCAUGAAACAUGUUCAUGUAUUAGGUUGUUGGCGACCUUUGUGAGCCGGAGAACCAUGGCAUAACCGGUCAAACGAACAUCAUGUGUUUUCAAAAGGAUCAUGUUUUAAAUUAAUGCUUAUUAGAACAUUUAUCUCAAAACGAUCGAAAUUUAAAGAACUAUACAUUGUACUUUUAUAGCGAGAAAGGUAUUAUUCCAGCAAAUUAUGUGCGUAAAAAAAUUGGCUCAGGAAGCGAACUGUAAGUUUCCGGUUUUAAUAUUGUACAAAUAUGCAGUGUUGUCUGAAUAUGCUGUACGCGCGUUGCCCUUGACAUGCUUAUUUUGUAUUUUCAGUUGGUUUGUUGGUGAUCUGAUGAAACAUGCCAUUAAAGAGGUAAUUCCCUGCAUCUUCUAAACAGCAUGUCAAACAUGUCCGUACUGAAUCUGGGGUAAUAAUUAACACCCCCCGUAUUUGUUUCUGUGUAUUUUCUGGGGGCGAUUGCAUAAAAACUCAAAUGCAUAAAUUAAACUUCUCGCUAUAAGGCUUACAUUUAUUGGUUGUUAAACUAUUGUUGUGUCCCUGCCUUUCUUUGUGUUAUUUUUUAUGUGUUCAUGUGUUUGCAUUAUUGGCGAAGUUAAUUAAAUCAAUAAAUAAAUAAGUAUACAAACAACUCCAAACGCUUCGCGAAACCUUUUAAAAUGCCUAUAAAGCUAAACUGCCUUAUUUGGAUAAACUUCUUGAGUUAAAAAUGAAAUGUUUUCAAAUUAUCCAAUUCUCGCAUGAAAAUAACUUUAAUCUCCUGUUUAUUUAAUUACUUUUAAUAAUCCAGAAUAACAAAAACGGGUACUAUUUAAAACAAGCUUGCCUUAGGUUUUCCCAUUUUCAGCAAUCUUUUGCCCCUGAUUUUUUGUUACGAAGCAUUAUUAACAAAUAAACUGUUUGACUACUCGUCUGAUUAACGAUAUUUCGGGUUUCAUGAUGUAUUUUUCCAGUGGCGAAUCUACCCACAGCAGCAGCUCACGCAAUGCAAUAUUUUAAUUAAUUCUACGAGAUGUUUGCACGUUAAAUAUUAACUUUUUGUAUAUAUUUCUAGGGAACAAACGUUGUGGCUUUGUAUAGUUUUAGAGCAAUAGAAAGUGCUAGUGACAAACUCAGUUUUGAGAAGGUGCGUGCUAUUUGCAUUUAUUAUGCUGUCUGUAUAUGUUUGUGUUGUAUUAUUAAAUAUGUAUACAGUAGUUUAUUUAAAUUAUGAUAUAAGGUUGUGGAAGCUGUAAUCUUCAUAUUGAUAAAUUAUGUUUGCUACUUCACUGCGUGAUGUGAUGUGAUGUGAUGAUGAUGGUUCAUGCCAAUUGAUGACUUUAGCAAAUAUAUAAUAAACUCGAUGUCUUCCAUCAACGCGAAACUGGAAAAUGAAAUGCAAAUGAUUUGUCUUAUGUUAAGAUUGCCUCGGAUUUAAUUCUUUUCGUGAGAAUACGACGUAUAUACAGGGUGUAUAAAAAAAAGGUAAUCGAACGUCAGUGCGCUAUUGUAUCUGAAUUACUAUGCAUAUGAACGAGAAUUUUUCACAUUCGGAAAGAUCAUGCUUUUAGCUGUUGAAUGAUAUCUUCUUCAUGCCUAAUGGAUAAAAAAUGUGCAUAUACGAAUCCGAUAAAAAAUGUUAGUCAGAAUCGCAUAUUUUCACCGUUGUGAGUUGGGUCUAAAACCAUUGAAAAUGAAUCCCCUUUAGGACUUAAGUUGAUGAAUUUCAUUUCAUUAAACUGCACACAUAUUCAUAAGUAUGAAUAAAUCUUAGCUAAGCUACGUCACGUUCGUGAUUAAUUGCUUUUUCUUUUGUUAUGCAUUGUUUUAAUUAGGCACAGAGGUGAAAAUAUGCGAUUUUGACUAACAGUUCUGUCAAUGUCUGCUUCUGACAGCAAAAUGUUCAUUAAUACCAGUGGAAAUGGGGCGCAUUUCAUGUUUUUUGCUGCUUCCAGAAGUGGGAUGACUCGAAUUUUCAUGUCUGAAACAGUGUGAUUGCUACUAAAUUUUUUACGUUAUUUAUUUUCAUUUUGUGCUUAAAUUUCUGCACUCAUGUGAGCGUGCGGGAUGCACACGAACUCGUAUUCGUGCCAAUUGUUUUAAGGCCGGUUUCCAUUACAAUCGCUUUGCCCGCACGGGCGGAGCGGGCUUUGAAAGUCUGCUCACGCGGGCGUGAUGGGCGUCAAAAACAAUGAACGCUUCGCCCGCGCGGGUAAAGCGGACGUUAAUGGAAACGGCCUUUACAUGAUUGCCGUGCAUGAGUCCAUAUACUAUAGUCCGUGUGUUGUGACCCGAUAUCGUUCUUUUUCAUUAACCAUGUCUUAGAUCUGAAAUAUUUUUAUGGGAACUAACACUUACAGUACAAGCACGCUGAGUUGAAAUCCGAAAAGAUCCCGGUCCGUAACCCGCAGUUUUCUCACAAAAUGCUGUUUUAUCUUCAAUAAUUUCACGACAAAUUUUUCAUUGUUCAACGACACGGAUCGAUGGCGAUACACGAUUAUUUCACUCAAAAGGACCAAUUUUUAUUAACCAGUCUUCCUUUUAACAAAAGACCGGUUUCGCUAGAAUCAUUUUGAGUUAUGUAAUCGUAUGCGUGUUGGACGUAAACGGCAUAUCUUAUCUUCAACUUUGAGAAGGUACAGAUAACGCUUUCCAAAAUCCUCAAUUCUAGAGAUAUCUUUAUAAAAUGACAAGGACAUUAAUGCGAAGUCUUUUGGCUAUGUCACUAGCCUGAAAAAUAACUCUUUUACCGCGAUCAAGGUGUUUAAAACAAAAGUAACGCGAAGCCAAUGUAACAGCAAAGACAACGCUAAGAUGAAAUAUUGUCGAUUGGUUGCUGGUAGAUCACUUACGACAGGAUCAAUCUUAUAUAGCUUUAAACUAUAAGAAUAAAUGUUCACAUGAAAGAGAAAGGUCAGUCCCAAAGUACAAAAUAUGCUCUGUAAACUUACGACGAAUUGGAUAAAUGUGUUCAUGAGCUGUUUAAAAUAUUCGGUGAUUUGAACGUAUAUCGAAGCCCUCUUUCCAAUAAUAUUCGCUUAUCGCACAGCGUAACACCAACUGAUGUAUAAGAGUUCAAAAGCAAUGAUAAGUUAUCUCUUGAAUUACGUCUUGGAAACUGUGUUGGAAAUUUAAAUGCUGAUCCAUUACAUACCGUUUCACAUCGUUGUAUAAAACAUUUGUAUCGCAUGUAAGGAAUUAUUUCUCAGCCCAGAGACAUAGCCCAAAUAUUUAACAUUAACGUCCUUGUGAUUUUAUAGAAUCUAAGGAUUUUAGAAAGAAUUAUCUGUACCUUCUCAAAGUUGUAGACCCGAUAUGUUGUUUUACGUUCAAGACGCAUAGGAUUGCAUGCAUAACUCAGAAUGAUUCGAGCAAAACCGGCCUUUUGUUAAAGGAAGACAGGUUAAUAGAAAUUGGUCGUUUUCAGUGAUAUAAUCGUGUAUCGUCAUCUAUCCGUGUCGUUGAACAAUGAAAAAAUUUGCUGUUAAAGUAGUGAAGAUAAAAUAGCAGUUUGUGGGAAAACUGCGGGUCUACGGAGCGGGAACUUUUCGGAUUUGAACUCAGCGUGCUUGAAAGUGUUAGUUCCGCAAGAAUGUCCCAGACCAAAGACAUCCUUAAUGAAAAUCUUUUCUAGGCAACUUUCGAGGUCACAACACACGGACUACUAUAGGAAGUUACUCAGGUUAGUCAAUUCGCCUUUUCAGUAACUUGAGUCACGAAAACAUCUGAACAAAUUUCGAUCAAAUUAUAUGGUUUAGUUGGAACUUUUUCGGGUCGAUUUUUAGCGUAAUUCAUAGUUUGCUUUUGAUUAUCCUUGUUUACCAGGGAGACGAAUUUACAAUUCUUGGACAUGCAGAGGAAGGCUGGUAUCUUGCAAAGGACAAAGAUGGGUAAGCAUAGAAAUUGUUUCUCUCAUCAUCGCAAGACAAGUGUUAAGUUUAACUUCUUGCUCAGAGUCGCAUUUUACGAACUGGUAUAUUUGUAUUAAUAUCUGUAGUAAUUACACCGUAUGUGUAUUUCAAACGACCUGUUCGCACCUAGAAAUUCAAAUAUUCAGUUAUAAAAUUAAUUCAGUAUAAUUACGCACUGCGUAAACAUAUGAAACAAAAUAUAAACUGCGUAAACUUAUACUUAUUAUAAAAACAAAAGUGAUCAUUGUUUUAGUCGACCAAUCAUGAAAGAUGUUUAUAGUUUAAUUGGUGGCAAUCCUUGUGAACCCGGUGACCUCUGA